AUGCGUCAAAAUAGGAGGCGCCCGGGUGGAAGUGCACGGCAGCAGGCGCGCUGCAGGCGCUGCGGCGAGACAGGACAUAACUCUCCUAGCCAAGCCCUCCUAAACAAGAUUGAUAAACUGCGCGAAAUCAAUGUCAAAACUAUAGAGCUGCCUCAGCUUGUGGUCGCGGGGGACCAGUCAUCUGGCAAGUCCUCACUCUUAGAGAGUUUGACGGAGUUCUCAUUCCCUCAAGAUCCCGGUCUUUGUACUCGCUAUGCCACCCAAACCUCUUGUCGUCGUGAUUCCGAGAAGAAGGUUGUGGUCUCUAUCAUUCCUCGGCAAGGCGCAGUUGCGGCGGUAGAGGCUCGGCUUCGGGCUUUCAGACGAAAAAUUUCAGAUUUUACGAAUGAAGCCCUCAAAACUAUCAUCGCGGAGGCGAAUACGGCCAUGGGAAUCAGGAUGACGGUGAAUGACACCGAGUCUGGCCUGCAAACGUUCAGCGAGGAUAUCCUUAAGAUCGAGAUCAGUGGACCUGAGCAAGAGCACAUUACGGUGAUUGAUGUGCCCGGCAUAUUCCGCGUCCCUUCUCCGCCUCUUACCACGGAUAGCGAUGUUGCUUUGGUGAAGACCAUAGUGGAGUCGUACAUGCGGAACAGCCGGACCAUCAUUAUCGCUGUUCUCCUAUCGAAUGUUGACAUUACCACCCAGGAAAUUCUUAAAAUGGCAGAAGUUGCUGAUCCGAGCGGAACGAGAACGAUGGGGGUGCUUACAAAACCGGAUCUAGUGACUGAGAACGCUACGCAAGAUGCGAUUAUGGAUCUUGUUCUCAGGAAGAGGAACCGGCUGAAGUUAGGAUACUGUAUUGUGAAGAACCGUAGUGCGCAUGAUCAAAUAUCCACAAUGGCGGAGCGGCUUACCCAGGAAGUAACAUUCUUCAGGGAAGCCCGUUGGCGACGAAUGGAAAGUUCGGGACGGUGUGGUAUUGGAUCGCUCAAAACCCAGCUCCAGGAUCUUCUCAUGAGCAUUUCGAAGAAGGAAUUGCCGCAUGUCAAGGCCGAUGUUGGAAAGCAGUUGCGUCAGUGUCGAGAAGAUUUGGAGAGUAUGAGGCCGUCCCGCACGGAACAAAGCUCACAGAGGAUGUAUCUCGGGAGACUGGUAUCCAAGUUUCAAGCGAUUACCCAGUGCGCUUUGAACGGAUACUAUAACAGCGAAAGUGUCUUCACAGAGCUGCUAGGAUUGAAGCUGAUUACGAAUAUUACGAAGGCUAAUGAGCGGUUCUCAAACGAAUUCUGGAAGAAAGGCCACAAGCGGCAAUUCUCAGUCAAUUGGGAUGACGAAGGGGAGAGAGCGCACGAUCUAACUGAGAUCGGUGAGGGCAACAUAUCCUUCAAGGAUCUGCUCUCUAGUUACCCUGAACUCCACGACAUCGUCGACACGAACGUUUACUGGUGCCCGAAACCAACGGCGUUCAGUAGUGAUUCGAUCAUCGAUCACAUCGAAAAGGUGUACCAAUCGAACUGGGGCCCGGAACUUUUCUCGGGCACGAUCCUGGGUAUCAUAUUUAGAGAACAAUCCGAGAAAUGGGAGCCACUUGUCCUUGCCCACGUCAGCGAAUCGAUUGCACUCGUCCACGACUAUAUCUGCCGGCUCCUUGCCCACAUCUGCACCGAGAAGCAGCUUUGUAAGGCUUAUGUGCAAGCGAUGAAGCAAGCCCGCUUUCUGCUGCACGCCGAACGAGACGCUAGACCGUCUACAUACAACCAUUAUUUCAAUGCGGAAGUUCAGAAGAAGCGACAGGCUCGUAUUGAGUCAGGCGAUGAAACGCGAGGCUACCACUCCAACAAAGACAACGCCCAGCAAGAGCGGAAAGACAUUCUGGACGUUCUUGCAAGCUACUACAAGGUAUCUAGAAAGCGAUCCGUAGAUGUCGUAUGUACACAAGUUAUCAGUCACUUUCUCCUUGAGGGAGACGGUAGCCCACUGAAGGUCUUCAACUCGGAGCUGGUUAUGGGCCUUGACGACGAGCAGCUUGAGAUGAUUGCUGGGGAAGAUGCAGAGACAAAGCGUCGCCGAUCGACGCUAGGGGCUGAGAUCAAGAAUCUAGAAGCUGCGAUGAAAGUCCUGCGGGGUUGAGCUUGCAAUAGUGGGUAGACUGACUUUCGGGGGGAUAGCUGCGCAGGUACUACCAGGAGACCUCAGACUAGUAGUAGCUGCUGAAUAGAAGUGGUUGAAACAGUAGACGACAG